ACGUAACGCUUCUCUUAAAAGCUACAGCGCACCACGUUACCCGCGUCCCACACCGUGCUCGGCUCUGGUGGUUAUUGCGUUUAUCUCAGUAAUUACAGAUUAACGUAGAAUCAGAAGAGUUUAUUUGGGUUACAGCACUCGCGUUUACUUCAUCUCAUUUACCCACACAGCUGAAACAUGAGCUAUCACAAACCCGACGAGAAAACUCUGCAAGGCCUGAAAGACAUCGCGAACAAGCUCAGGAUUCACUCCAUCAAGGAAACAUGCGCCUCAAACUCCGGACAUCCCACCUCGUGCUGCAGCGCUGCAGAGCUCAUGUCAGUGCUGUUCUUCCACACCAUGCGUUACAAAGCUGACGAUCCUCGUAACCCCUGCAAUGACCGCUUCAUCUUGUCCAAGGGUCAUGCUGCACCCAUUCUGUAUGCUGCCUGGACAGAGGCUGGAUACAUCAAAGAGUCUGAGCUGCUGAACCUGCGUAAGGUCGACUCUGACUUGGAGGGUCACCCCACUCCUAAACUAUCGUUUGUGGAUGUGGCGACAGGUUCUCUUGGCCAGGGUUUGGGUGCUGCCUGCGGUAUGGCCUACACCGGAAAAUACUUCGAUAAAUCUAGCUACCGUGUGUUCUGCCUGAUGGGAGAUGGUGAGUGUUCAGAAGGAUCUGUGUGGGAAGCCAUGGCUUUUGCCUCCUAUUACAAGCUUGACAAUCUGGUGGCCAUUAUUGAUGUGAACCGUCUGGGCCAGAGUGAAGCAGCACCACUGCAGCACGACGUGAACGCCUUCAAGGGGCGCUGCGAGGCUUUCGGCUUCAACACUUAUGUGGUGGACGGCCAUGAUGUGGAGGAGCUGUGCAAGGCUAUGUGGCAUGCCAAACAAAUAAAAGGGAAGCCCACUGCCAUUGUAGCCAAAACUUUUAAGGGCAAAGGCCUCAAAGGCAUUGAGGAUCUGGAUAACUGGCAUGGGAAGCCUAUGCCUAAAGACCGUGCGGAUGAGCUGAUUAAUGACCUUCUGAGUCAGAUCCAGUCCCCCAAUAAGCCCCUCCACCCUCAACAGCCCAAUGAUGAUGCUGCUCCAGCCGACCUCACCCCCAUCCACCUGCUCACAGCUCCAGAAUACAAGAUCGGAGACAAGAUAUCCACUAGGAAGGCUUAUGGGGUUGCCCUGAAGAAGAUGGGAGAUGCCAGCCCUCGUGUGGUGGCCCUGGAUGGUGACACCAAGAACUCAACCUUCUCUGAUAUCUUCAGGAAGGCCCAUCCCGAACGCUACAUUGAGUGCUUCAUUGCCGAGCAGAACAUGGUGAGUGUGGCUAUUGGUUGUGCCACUCGUGAUCGCACGGUUGCAUUCGCCAGCACUUUUGCCGCAUUCUUUGCUCGUGCCUAUGACCACAUCCGUAUGGCAGCGAUCUCCCAGUCUAACGUCAACCUGGUCGGCUCUCACUGUGGCGUUUCCAUUGGUGAGGAUGGCCCUUCACAGAUGGCACUGGAGGAUCUCGCAAUGUUCCGCGCUGUUCCAACAUGCACAGUGUUUUACCCCAGUGAUGGAGUAUCUACUGAGAGAGCUGUGGAACUUGCAGCCAAUACAAGGGGUAUCUGUUUCAUCCGCACCAGUCGACCUGACACUGCAGUCCUCUAUGAUGCUGAAGAGAAAUUUGAAAUUGGCAAAGCCAAGGUGGUGCGGCAGUCCAAAAAAGAUCAGGUGACUGUCAUUGGAGCUGGAGUAACACUGCAUGAGGCUCUGGAAGCAUAUGAACAACUGGCCAAAGAAGGUGUGAACAUUCGGAUUAUCGACCCAUUCACCAUUAAGCCCCUGGAUGCCUCUACUAUUGUGGAAAGUGCUCGUGCCACAGGAGGAAGGGUGAUCACUGUAGAGGACCACUACAAAGAGGGUGGUCUGGGCGAGGCUGUCCUGUCUGCAGUGGGUGAAGAGCCUGGCAUUGUGGUGCACCGGCUGGCCGUGAGCCAUGUUCCUCGUAGCGGCAAACCGCAGGAGCUUCUGGACAUGUUUGGCAUCAGUGCCAAAUGUAUCGUUGCUGCCGUCAAGCGUACUUUUGCCAACUGAAACUCUUUGAACCACCCUAAGCUACACCCUUCCUCUUUCUCCAUUCCUAACUCAGACCCAAGAGACAAGCUCACCACACAUCCGUGUCAUUCCAGAGGCUCACAACUUGCAGAUAUACCUAACUUUGUAGUGUGUGAAAAUUCUCUAACUUGUGCACUAUAGUCAAUAGUGUCGCCCAUUGCUGUGAAAUGCUUUCAUUUUGCGUCAUUAUCAGGUUUGCCUUCUUGAAAUCUUUAAUACUGCAUUAAUAGUGGGUUUAAAGGUUUGUAAGGUUAUCAGAGUGUAUCCUUGGAUUAAAUCAGAGUGCAUUCCAGUUGACAUUUUCUGACCAUCAUUUAAAAGACCAUUUCACCUUGUCAUUUCAUAAUUUUCCUAGCUUUAACUCGGUAUGCUUCCUGUAGUUAUUACAAGCCAGUAUCCUGAAAAAAUGAAAUAUUAAUUUGGUGAUAAUGGUGCGUGAAGGUGCUUUCAGGGAGUAAUAAAGUAUGAUUUUUUUUUUUUUUUUUUAUUGCUGUUGCAUAAACUACUGCACAACCCUGUUUUGGAAAGUUAGUACCUGAGUGGUUUGAUUUUGGUGACUUGAAAUGUAUCAUGUUACUGAGACACCCUCACUGUUGUUGCUUGUUUAAACCUGUAGUUUUCACUGAAUUUGAUGUAAUGUGUUAAUAAAUUUGACUGCCCAGCCAA